CAUCUGUGCAUCAUAGACAGUUUUUGGAAUAUAUAUCUUCCCAUAGACAUCCAAACAAAAUUAACCAUCCUCUCAUUAGCCGGUCAUAUAGAAAAUUCAUUGGCUACAAUUAUAUUGGUUGAAGAAUCACUAUAGCAAAGCAGGAUUAUAAAACUUAACCUAUGUUUGAAAGUCUAUUUAAUUGAUCGAAAAGUCAUUGGUAAAAUCCAACCUAUACAAAUUCACUGACUAAAUAUCAGAGACAACUGUUAAAGUGAACCCACAAAUAUGAUUCCUUGAAAUUUACACACAAGAACACAAAAGCGUGUAACACACACCGAAAUUUAGGGAAUCGAAUUCUGCUUCUCCUUCUCCGUUAUCGCCGCUUCGAUUUCACGGUUUAUCAACAGCUGGAUCUGCACUUCAGUGUUGCAAUUCUGUAUUCUGCUGGACUCUGGAGAAUCUAUACAUCCACCCUUUCGACUUGCUUGAUUGCUUCUAGGCCUGAUUUUUUGUUUUUGUUUUGCUAGAGGUCUAUACUUUGAGUUAUAUUUGAAGAAAAAGCAUGCUUUGUGUACGUGGUUGUAUUUUGGUUGAAGGGCGUGCCUGUUUUUGGUUUCAUAGUUCUCAAUGCAGAAGAUAGCAUUGUGAACUCAGUUAAAUAAAUCUUAUUGAAACAGAAUGAGCCAAUAAUCUCGAAGUUCAAAUUGUAUGUUUGAAUCUAAAGACAAAACUGAUCAGAUGGGUAUGGAAAAUGAGUUAGCUAUGACAAAGGAAGUUAGUGAUGAUGGUUCCUCGAGUGUCGAGGCUGGGGAUUUAGAAUCUCAUUCUCGACUUAGUCUGGAGAGGGAGAUGGGCUUGCCGAGUUGUCGAGUGUGCCAGUGUGUCAAGUCUGAUAAACGGGGAGAUGCUGCCCUAUAGUUUUUUGGGUAUCACCCCAGUUAUAGAAAGGAAGAGGGAAGUAAAGUCUGAUGAUUUGACAAGGUAGUUGUAAUGGUGGGGGGCGGUAGAAUCAAGCUGAAAACGUGGCAGCAGGCGGCAGUGGCAUUGGGUUCGGCGGUUGGGGCGCUUUUGGAUCCUCGAAGAGCUGAUUUGAUAGCUGCUCUUGGUGAAACAACUGGAAAGCCCGCUUUUGAAAGGGUUCUUCAAAGGAUGAAAACUUCCCCUGAAGGGAGGGCAGUACUGUUGGAGCGGCCUCGUGUUAUAUCUGCAAAUGUAGGACAUGCUUGGGACCUGCCAGAAAAUACAUUUGGUGCCGCCUAUGCUAGAUUUAUGGGAUCCAGGAACUUUUCGCCAGAUGAUCGACCUCCUGUGCGGUUCAUGGAUACAGAUGAGCUGGCCUAUGUUGCCAUGCGAGCUCGUGAAGUCCAUGAUUUCUGGCAUACUCUUUUUGACCUUCCUACUAACUUGAUUGGGGAGUCGGCACUGAAGGUAAUUGAGUUUCGACAGAUGUAUCUUCCUAUGUGCAUGAUGUCUGUCAUAGGGGGCACAGCAAGAUUCAGCAAAAAACAGAGAAAAUUGUUUUAUCAGCACUACUUUCCCUGGGCUGUUCGUGCUGGCACGCAGUGCACUGAUCUAAUGUGUGUAUAUUAUGAGCAGCAUUUUCAUGAAGAUUUGGAAGAUGUUCGCAGAAAACUGGGAAUUGUUCCGGUUCAUGCUCCUUGACGGAAUGCUUUUGAAGCUGAUGAGUUGUAUUGUUAAUUUUCUGGGUAAUAGUCGUAUGGUGAAUAAUUCAAUCAAUUUUUUUCUUAAUGAUAUCCAGCGUAACAGUUGUCUCUGAUUA